GUUUAUAGAGUCCGACGCUACGAUGAUGACUCGCACGAUCUUCUCAGCUUCUCACCAGCUGGUUAAGUUGACGACGCAAGCGGAAGCGAACGCGCUACAUCGAACUUGCAUUGACGCAGAAGGCAUUGAACGCUCGCACGUCCGUCCAGGCAUUGGGGGCUAUUGAGUUUGCGGUCGAGAUCAGUUGAAUCGCGGCAGAUCGACCAAACGGACGCUAAAGCUGCAACGCCGGAACCGUAAAGAACAGCAAAGUUGAACAAGCGCACGCGAAAAUUUCAAUCGGGUGGCGGUGUACAAUAGCUGAUGUUUCUUUUGUUAGAGUCCUGAUCUUGAAGAGGGCUCGAAAUUUUUUACAAAUUUUGUGAUUUGCGGUCCACAGCUGUUAUCGCCUUAUUAUUGAUAUUCGCAGAAAUAUAAAUUAAUCUCAACUUCGGCUACUGACUGCAGCACGUAUUGAAGAAUUCACACAACAAAAUGACCCAAAUUCUGGAUUGGGCAGUCAUAGCAGCGGUACUCCUUAUUUCCUGCAUUAUAAAUACUCAUGCGAAAGUGAGUAUAGAACAGAAGAACCCGGUAGCCACCCACCAGACGCAUUUAGCGACAAUGCAGAGCAUUCACAAACAGCCCGCACAUCAUCAUGGCCACCACCACAAGGUACAAAUAGUGACCGAACAACAACAACAAAGACUGCAGCAAAUGCCACAACUACAACGUCGACAGCGUCGUCUUGGCACAUUCACCAAGGCUGAUACUACCUCGGAUGUUGAAUCGAUAUAUAACAGAACUAGAAGCAGCCUGAUCGCCAAUUCACCAGCAUUGCUGCAAAAGGCGACGCGACUCCGCCGUUUGAGCGCGCGGGAUUAUUACAACAACAACAACAACAACAACAACAACAACGCAGUGCAGCGUCGUCUCCACAACCAUCGCGGGAAAUCGGAGUGGAAAUACCAUGUCUACAAUGUUCAUAGCAACACAUAUGAAUCGCCGACAGGUAUGUCUGGUCCGGGCGCCGUGACGAUAGCUGGCGGCAGUGGCAAGGGGGACGACAACACCAACGACGUGGAGUUUAUCAGUCAAUCGGGAACAACAGGAGGGGUCAGUCCGGAUUGGGUUAGCAAUCGACGCGGCCUUGGGUUUAUGCCGCCACACACAACCACUGCGCCGUCGACACAUGCCCCUCCACCCUUAGUGCCGCCUCGACGCGGCUAUGUCACAGCUGCGUCGCCUAGUCAAAGCGCUGCUGAUCUGCCACACACCACAGAUGCACCGAAAGUAAGGAAUAGCGUCGAUGUGAAGGAAAUGGAAAAACGCCAUAUCUGCGUGCAACAGCGUACCAUCACCAUGCCCGUGAAGACAACUGAAGUCUACGCUAGACCAAUCUGGAAGCAUGUGAAUACGCCAUGCAGCGCUGUUCAGGUGCAGACACAGAACCCAAACCAGAUGUGCACGAGGGUACAGCUUGUCCACGAGCAGGCCUUUCGGGAUGUAAUACGCCACAAAUCAGCGCAACAGGUCACCUACGAUUGCUGCAACGGUUGGGAGCGUGAACUGCCACAGUCGGACUCUUGCCUAAAACCGGUUUGCACAAAUCCUUGCCAGAAUGGGGGCACCUGCACAGCUCCUGAUGUCUGCAGUUGCUCACUGGGGUUCACAGGGCAGUUCUGCGAGCACGAUGUAAAUGAGUGCGAAGAGGAGAAACCCUGCGACCAGACGUGCAUCAACACAGUUGGCUCAUACUUUUGCAAAUGCCGUGAAGGUUUCGUUCUACAACCGGAUCAACAAAGCUGCAAAAAAAAUGGCAUUGAAGAUGAUGAUGCUUUCGAAGCGCGUGAUCUGGAAAACGAAAUCGAGUCGAGCGAUAAUGAAGACAUGAGUGCACGUCUUCAAAAAAUAGAGCGCUCCUUAGCCAAUGAGCGGGUGCACACGAACGAAUUGCAGAAGUCAUUGCAAGCGACUUAUAACGUUGUGGAUACCCUGAAAACUCGCCUAAGCACAAUUGAAAAACAACAACAGGACAUAAAUCGACUGCAGUCUAAUCUUUAUGCGACAGAGUCGCGCACUAAUCGACUUGAGGGCAUGUUAAAUAUGUUAAUGAAGUGUCGAAAUGGACCAAACGCCUACUGUCCGUAGAAUGAAUAUACAUAUACUCUACGUACUACUUAAGUGCUCGUACGUAUGUGCAUAUGUAUGUAUGUACAUAUUACCUUAAGUAAAAAGAACUGUAUUGUUAAAUAAUUAAGCUAGCUGUACUGUAUUUUUAAGGCUAUGUUCAUAUUAGAAUUGCUUGUAAUUAUAAAGUUUUCGUUCGCGACCCAACCCAAUGUAUUUACCGACUUGCCAUAGCUUUCUAUUUAAGCGGGUAUUAUUAGUAAUGUGAUGCCAUUUUAUGUUUAUUUUAUGAACCAGUACAGUCUAAUUCUGCACUGGCUUUGAAAAAACUUAACUGCUUUAACCUUGAUUGGUAACACUGGUUUACACCAAAAGUGUUCAAUAGAUGCCACUAUCCAAUUUCUAAGUAGAAUUGCUCGGUGAUUCCGAAAAUCGAGUUAGUUUUUUUUUCUAUGGAUACG